AGAGAGAGAGAGAGAGAGAGAGAGAGAGAGAGAGAGAGAGAGAGACUCCAGUCAGCGGCACUGCGCCCUUCACUUGAUCGAUAUCGAUCAGUUCGGAGAGAUUCAGACACACAGUGGCUCCGUUAGCAGGACUAGCACCGGGAGCUAGCACUGGAAGCUAUGCGAUGGGACGCGUGUGAAGCAGCCCGCAGCUAACGGCAGCCUGGCGGAGAAAGAAACAAGGAAGCGGACUGCUAGCUGUGCCGAACCGGAGCUAACGUGGGCUAACUGUUGGCUAAUAUUAUUUCUAAUGUGCGACCAAGGAGCAUGCGACCGGAUACGAAGAGCUGACUUGUUCGGGGAUGUCGGGCAGUAAGGCGCUGGGCGGGGGGGCAGGCGGGGGUGCGAGGCGGAGGCGGACGCGGUGCCGGCGCUGCCAGGCCUGCAUGAGGACGGAGUGUGGAGAGUGUCACUUCUGUAAGGACAUGAAGAAGUUCGGCGGGCCCGGCCGCAUGAAGCAGUCCUGCCUUCUGAGACAGUGCACGGCGCCGGUGUUGCCUCACACGGCGGUGUGCUUUGCAUGUGGCGAGGCGGGUAAGGAGGACACGGUGGACUCUGAGGAGGAGAAGUUCAGCCUCUCUCUGAUGGAGUGCACCAUCUGUAACGAGAUCAUCCACCCGAGCUGUCUGAAGAUGGGUAAAGCUGAAGGAAUCAUCAACGACGAGAUCCCAAACUGCUGGGAGUGUCCCAAGUGCCACAAGGAGGGCAAGACCAGUAAGGACCCGGCGGACGGCUCGGGGAAGCGCAGGCUGGAUAACGGGGAGGUUGGCCGCUGGAAGCUCACAGAUGACCCUCCCCCUAAAAAAAAAGCACCUCCCUCCCUGGAGGAGGGAGUGGGACUGGGGGGCCACAAGAGGAAGAAGGAGAAGGAGCUGCCUCAGGACAGUGGGCCCAAGAAGAAGAUGAAGGGCGCCCAUGAAAAACGGCUCAAAAAGAAACCCAAGCAGGAGGCGUCGGAGUCCAACGGUCCCACCUCCUUGGGUGGAGGAGGACUGCAGGGCUCCACCAUCUCGUCUUCUCAGCCCGGGGUGGGGGUAGGAGUGGGGGGGGCGACGAGUGCAGACCAGCGCUCCCACCACCGGGAGAAGCUGGAGCGCUUUAAGAGGAUGUGUCUGCUGGAGCGCCGACCCUCCUCCUCGUCCUCCUCCUCCUCCUCGUCCUCCUCCUCCUCCUCUUCCAGCUCGGAGUCCGACUCAGAGUCCGACUCGGACGAUUCCCUCAGGGGGGAGCAGGCCGGAGGGGGCUCCUCGCCUUCUUCCUCCUCCCCGGCACAGCCUCAGCCCGUCGCUCACGGCAACAGCGGCGGGCGGACGGAGCGGGAGAGGAGUCGCAGCGAGAAGGAGAGAGCGAGGAAGAGCGAGCGACACCUGGCCGGCUUGAGCUUCAGCGCCAGCGACGAGUCUGAGGGGGAGGGGGGCAGGGGAGGCGAGGAGCUGAGGGAGGAGGAGCAGGGGGAAGGGGAGGUGACUCGACGGAGAGGGGGAGAGGCCGGCUUACCUCCUCGAGGACGUAAAGGGGGACUACUAGAAGGAGAGGAGGAGGAGGACACGCCCACCUCUGAUAGGACCAGGAAGACCUCCAUCUCCCUCCCCCCGCCCUCGCCGCUCUCCUCCAACCAGAUGCCUCCGUCCUCGCAGCACGACGGCUUCCCUGGGAAACAGCGCAGCAACGGGCAGGAGGCGCGCAACGGGCGGACACGGGGCGGCGUGGGAGUGGGGAGGGAGGGGGGAGAGAAGGAGAACGCUAGCGGCGUCCUCACCAACCACAGACACAGCGGGGGGGGGGGCAAAGGCACGGGGAGCCGCGGCAACAAGUUCCGUAAGAACCAGACGUCCAAAAACAGCAGCUCCUCCCUCCCCACUUCAAAUGGGGGCGGCGGCGGUGGGGGAGGUGGCCUGAUGAUGUCAGCCAUGGCGGCGUCCCCCUGCUCGCAGCCGUCCCGCCUCGCCCCGCGCUCCCAGAUGAUGAAGCGCAGCCCACCCGCCGUCCCCUCGCCCCCCCGGCCCGUACAGAUGGAGAGGCAUCUUGUGCGCCCCCCCCCCACAUGCCCCGAGCCCAGGUGCCUGCCACUGGACUCUGGCUCCUCCCACAUUAUGACACGUGACGUGUGGCUCCGAGUCUUCACCCACCUGAGCCAGAGGGAGCUGUGUGUCUGCAUGAGGGUGUGUCGCACCUGGAGCCGCUGGUGUUGUGAUAAACGCUUGUGGACUCAGAUCGACCUGAGCCGGCAGCGCUCCAUCACCCCCCCCAUGUUGAGUGGUAUCAUCCGCCGGCAGCCCGUCUCCCUGAACCUGGGCUACACCAACAUCUCCAAGAAACAGCUCAUGUGGCUCAUCAACCGCUUACCAGGUCUGUUGGAGCUGAACGUGGCUGGGUGCCCGUGGCCGGCGGUCUCUGCUCUCUGUCAGGCCGUGUGUCCGUGUCUCAAGCUGCUGGACCUCAGCAGAGUAGAGGACCUCAAAGACUCUCACCUGAGAGAGCUGCUGGCCCCGCCCCCCGACACCCGGACAGCUCACGGGGAGACCAGAGUGGGCCGCUUCCAGAACGUUGCUGAGCUGCGAUUGGCUGGCUUGGACCUGACGGACGCGUCGUCCCGCCUGUUGGCUCGUUACGUCCCUCAUCUGAACAAGUUGGACCUCAGUCAGUGUGGAAACAUCAGUGACCAGACGGUGCACACGCUCACCUCCUCCAUUUCCCCCCUGAGGGACAGCCUCACCCACGUCAACCUGGCAGGUUGUGUGAAGGUGACGGAUCAGUGUGUGUCGUUGCUUCGGCGAUGUUCAUCUCUCCAGGCGGUGGAUCUUCGUUGUUGUUCCUUGUUGUCGUCGGAGACGGGGCAGCUGUUGUUGUUCCCUCAUCACGCCGCCUCCUCUGCCACCAUCACAGCUGCUGCUUCAUCCUCCUCCUCCUCCUCCUCCUCCUGUCCUCCUGAAGACACAACGCUGCUAAAGAACAGCUAGAGCCCCCCUCAUAUCAUGUGACACUCCAAUCAUUGGUGCAGACGGCACAAGAGCCCCGCCUCCCACCGCCUCCCACUGCAGGGGGUGAGGAGGCCCCUGUGCAGCGUUUCUCCUGACCUGAGGAGGAAAGCAUUCUGGGAAAGUUGUCGGUAAUAGUAAAAAAAAUAGAAAUCCUGAGCGUGUACAUAUUUGUUCUCUGUACAAUUUUGGGUGUGUGUACAUAUGUGUAGUUUACUGUAAAUUACCCGUGACCUUUGAACCAUCACUAACACUUGUAUCCUUCAUCCACCGGCCUGCCGCACACGGGGGGGUCUGACAUUUGGUCUGGUUAGGCCACAGCGGUCCCCUAUUUUCAGUGUUCAUGCUAAACCAGGCUAACGUUUCCCUCCACUCAGUCUGAUGGCUCUGCUCUGUUUCUAAGCUAAGCUAAGCUAAGCUAAGCUAAACCCUUCUUAGUGGACUCGCUACACGUUUUAAUGGCUCCCUGGAGACCAACCACAUUGGCCACUACAUUUGCACUGAGUCCUAGAAACAAAGAUGGUGAUUGUUUUGAGGACCUGCGGUGUCCAAGCUAAAUAAAGAGCUAGCGUCUUGAAACGUAGGUUUAAGAUCAACUGGUACAAACCAGUCAGGGUGAGCAGAUGAAACACACAUUAAAAGCAACAGUAUCCACCUCUUCCAGUGUUUGUGCUAAGCUAGGCUAACGCCCACUUCUCUAUAAAAUGUCAGACUGUUCUCCUCUCCCGGUGUGUGUCCUCUUCAUCAUGUGAUCAGGUUAUUUUGGCAAGUUAUUGUGUUUUCUCAGGAGUUUGUACUUAAUUUAUUUUUUUUGCCUCCUGUCACUCCAUUCCUUCUCUUCAUGUGUCACUUCCUGUUGGAUCUGAUGUCCGUUCGUCUUCCUCGUGAUGAAGACGAAGCGCAUUUCUGCCACAUAGAAAAGAAUCAACGUGAAAUCUAAUCUAGUUCAUAUUAUUACAGUCUUGAUCAAUUGAUUUAAUUCAGACUCCCUUUCUUACAAUAUAUUAGAUUUUCUUUAUCACAUUUUGACUGCUCAUAUUUUUGACUGUUUUUUUUUUAUAUUCCAUUUUGCCAUUUUUGGGGCUCAAUGGGUUUCCAUAGUUUCAAAUAUGAAAAAAGCUUAAUAUGAAACAACAGCUGAUUACUGCUUGUGUUUUUGAUGGAACUGGCUGUUGAUCAUGUGAUCAGAUCCACACUGAGGUCCAGCUAUAAUAAUGGUUCAUGUACCUGUACCUUCAUAUCUAGAGCAAAGGAUAGAUGGCCCCUGCUGGGCGGGGGGGGGGGGGGGGUUAUAUUCGCUCUGCUGUCACAGCAAUUUUUGUGUUUUCUCUGCGACAUUUUUCAAAGUUCCAAAAAGCAACGUGAUUAACAGAAUUUAAAUUGAGUUAAGAGAACUACCUGGCACCUCCCCUCGUCCUCACUAGCUAGCUAAUGUUAGCCAGCGAGCUAACUUGGUACUGCUAUUAGCUCAUUCCUUACACAGGAGAGGUCACUAAAUACAGAGUGAUGAGCGCAUUAAGCUUAUGCUUAAGAUGCAGAGACGACAAGCGAAUAUCGGCUACAUCCUACGCUUUGAGCGUCCUGGUAGCAUGUUAGCCAACACUGAACAACCAAACACAUCAUUACAGCAGAUGUUGUUUAUUUGGGAUUUCUAGUCAUGAAUUUAAAUAUUUGACUUAAAUGUAUUUAUUAAAAGUGCAGAAGAGUACAUGGAAUAAAAAGUAUUAGCAGCUGAAUGUUUAAUUACCACAAACACCGUGUUGUGCCAUAAAAACCCGCCGGAGGUCAAUAGGUCAUAUUUUAUACUUUUUCUAUUCCGUUGUGAUUAACUUUUUUUUAUUUUUAUUGUAAUUUUGGGGUUCAAUGAUUUAUAGCGUGGCUUCAAACUUUGCCUAGCAACAAGUGACAAGAUCAAAUCAGAUUGGACGACAAAUCCCCUGAAGGCUCUCACCAAUCAGGAGCUCUGACAGGUUUCACCUCCUCCUCUGACUCAUCAAUGUUUGAAAGAUUCACCGGAACAUCUUCAGCAUUUCCCCCUUUUGCCAAAUGUAGUUUUUGUUGUGAAAGAGGCAAUUUAUGGUAUUUUUAUUUGUUUUUUAUAUUUUGUCAUGAUGCCUCUGUUGUGUUGAUAAAUUAUGAGGAAGAAGUUUGAACAAAAAGUGAAAGACUCCAGGCAGCUAUGAGAGAUACUACUGUAACGAUGAGUAAUAAAGAAGCAAUGGGUUCCUUUGUA